UAGAAAGUAGCGUAAUCAGACUCUAAAACGACGGGAUUCAUUUAGUAUGUUGUUGUUGUAGGGAUAUCCUGCAGCUAUCAAACCAUGCCAUUGAUGACGUCAAUAACACGCAUGCUUUAGAAGUCCAUGUGACUAGAUUGCCAUCUUUUUAUGAUGCUAUUAAAUGCAAGGGAUUUACCUAAAAUUAGAACAUUGGAAAACACCUUGUUUUUCAGACAUAAACUUGUAUAAAUUUAAAGGUCUGUGUCAUUAAAAUCAGAGUUAUUUGUUAAAGCAGACAGGACUAACUAUACUUGUUUGAUAUUAUGGAGAGAAGAAAUUCUGCUACUUUUACCAGGCACGGAAAUACUAAGCCAAUCGAUGAUGAUGAUGGUCAAAUUGAAAUCACAACAGGAUGUGGCCAAUAUAUAUUUGAUUCUGAAAGCAAUGAAGAAAAGAACAAGUUGUUUCAAGUACCACACCCAACGUCAGACAAUACCGAAAAUUUGAAGCUUUUAAAGAAGGUUGAAGUGACCCAUCGUAAAGGUUGUCAGACGAACUUCGCUGAAAGAGGUAAAGCACUGGCACCGCGAAAUGAAAUUGAUACAAGCACAAACAUUCUUGUGAGGUGUAAAAUCCCAGACGAUUACAGUAUUAACAAAACAAAACUUUCUGCGAAAAAACACAAUAUUGCAAAACGAUGCAGAAGAUUGUGUCCUUACAUAUUUUCAUUUUUACUAAAUGGACUAAUGUGUGUUGGGCUAUAUGUCUAUUUGAAAUAUGCAAAUAUCAAAAACAAUAUAGAAAAAGAAAAUGUCAAUAUCACAAACCAUGUCACAGCACAUAAAAAAAUGUUCGAAAAUUUGAAGAUUAACUUUGAUUUUCAAAACAAUUCCGGUAAUAUUGGAUGGAAACUCCUGGCCACAACAUUUCUGAAAUUAGAUGAAACCGGCACAAAUAUUACUUUGCUCCAGUCUGGAUCAUAUUCAAUCGACCUUUCGCUGAAUUUUGAUAACAGGCACAAUGAAAACCAAACUUCUUUAUAUGUUUGUAUUUUAAACAGUGGUGACAAUGAAGACGACUCAUGUACCAUUGAAGUUCUUUUAGCAUACUCACAAAAGUCUGUGCAUGUUGGAAUUAAUCUGAACUUGCAGAAAGGCAAUGCUAUCUGGGUUUAUGUUAAGGGAUUACAUUGUAUCUAUCAACGUUCUAAUGUAAACCACAUGACGAUUAGAAAGUAUGAUUAGUAGAGAGGACAAUAAAAUAUUGCUGGCAGUGUCGGUGUUGAUUGACAUGAAAUGUAGGAAAUUAUCCUUAGAAUUUGCUUCAGCUAUUUAACCAGUCGUCUAGCCACUGGUACAACGAUAGACCUUUCAGAGAAGAGUCAAGAGGUAGACUUACAGUUUAAUGGACUUAUGACUUUUAUGACGAAUAAGAGUAGAAACAUUGUUCCGUUGCCUGACACCGUCAGAUUGAGCGUUUGUAUGGAGUUUGUGUCUUGUAUUUAUUUUGACUUGUUUCAGACGUUUCAACAGUACAACAUGAAUAGUUAUUGGUCUAUGCAAAAAGUUGAACAUUUUAGAACAUGGACGACUCCGCAAAAGAACUCAGUUUCGGGUGAAACUCAAAUCAAAGAGAGCUGAAAAAAGAAAUCGAGAAAAGAAAUCUAAAAAACAGAAACACGCAAUGGAAAAUUGUAUUUCAUGUUGAUAUAAACUAAGUCUCAUAGAAGAAGAAAUAUAUCUUGUAAGAGUCUUUCAGUCCUAAAAAACAAAACAUAAACUAUAUGUUUUUACAAUUGUAAAGGAAUUUGAAAGACUAUCUCGGUUAAUAGAUUAGAACUUAAUUAAACAUUUAAUUAAAAUAUUAUGACAAUAUUACAUAGCUGUUUUGAUUUAGAUUGAGUUGGAAUUACAAUGACAAAAUAAAAACCAAAAGCAA